UUGGCACACUUUUACAAGCUAUAUAAACUAAGUGGAAAAUUAAUUUUAAUAUUAAAAUAGUAACAAUUUAUAUAAACUACUAAAUUUUUUAACUUAUAGCCUCAGUCGCUCGCACCCACUCACCCAUCAACAACAAAAAAAUGGCCGAAAAUUUUACUAAAACUUAUACAUUUAAAUCAUCGGAAAAUGUCGAUGCAUUUCUCAAAGAGCUUGGUGUACCCGAUGAUAAAAUUGCCCAAUAUCAAUCAGCUAAGCCUAACCUAGAAAUAAGCAAACAGGGAGACAACUAUACAAUCAAAACAGUUAUGCCCGACCGUACCCAUGAAAUUAGCUUUGAAUUGGGAAAGGAGUUUGAAGAGAAACGACCCAAUGGUACUACAGUUAAGUCGACAGUAGUUAAAGGUGAGGGCAGACAACUGAUUCAAACCCAAAAAGAUGGCGAUAAAGUGAUUACUAUUGUCCGCGACGGUAAUGGACCCGAAUUGAUAACUACGGCCACUAUCGGUUCAAUUCAGGCCAAAUGGGUUUACACUAAAGAUGAAUAAAAUAUUAUUAUUAAUAAUAAUUAAUUAAUUAAUUACUAUUAUGUUUUAUGUUUUUAUUUUUAUAUAUUAAAUUUAAUUAGUGUUUUGAA